AUGACGGCGUCUACGCCCUCUACCCUAUCCCGCUCUAGGAACGCCAUAUUGUUCCUCGCCGGCGUAUCCGCUGCAUACGCGACAUAUCUCAUUGUCACCAACGUCCAGAGCCCCGGCGCAGGCGAUGGCCUCCAGCGCAGCAAUGCGGUCCGUAGACGGCGUCCACGCGACCAGCCCUCGGCACCCUCACUCCCUCUGAACGAACGAGAAAUACCAUUUCUAGGCCUAUACGACCUCCUCGGUUACCAGGUACCGCUUGACCCUCGCAAUCUGGGCACGCCGAGCGAGUUGCGCGACACGAUCCUGCGCGCGCAGCCACACGCCGACAAUGAUACGAUAGAGCGUCUCACCGAGAGCUUCUACAACGAGUUCCUCGACCGCUUACUAGUCGUACUCUACCCAGACCGCGCUCUGUCCCCGUCGCAGGCAGAUGAUAUCCGUAUCUGGCUGCAACAUCGCAACCCCGAUAAUGCAGGAGUGCAUCGUGCGGCAGUAGCCCGCGCUGCGGCAAGACAUGCGCAGAUAUUCCCUCCUGGCGAUAAUCUUGCUCUCGAUGACGCCGAGAGCGUCGCAGCUACAGACGUUUCGUUGGGAAGCGACGAGGACGCGGAUGACGCUAUCGAUCCCGAAGGCCAAACCCUCCAGCGCACGUUAUACCACAUUGCGGAGGAUCGCGCAAGACUGGAGGGCGUCAUACAUCGUGGAAUCACAUGCAAUGGAUGUGACGAGAAGCCCAUCCGCGGCACCAGGUGGCACUGCGCCAACUGCCCGGACUUCGACCUGUGCUCCAACUGCGAAGCAACUAACUCGCAUUACAAGAACCACAUCUUCUACAAGGUCCGCGUACCUGCCCCAUAUCUGAGCCUACAGAAACAGGAGCCGCUCUACCCCGGCAAGCCUCACAUGAUGAGCCCUUCGAUCGACCCAGCCCUCAAGAGACGCCUCGUAGCCGAGACCAAGAUGGAAGCAGAAGAGAUUGAGGCACUGUGGGACCAAUUCACUUGUCUCGCAGGCUCCGAGUGGGCGGGUGAUGCAACUGGAGUAGGAUGGGCCAUCGAUCGACGCGACUUCAACCACGCUUUCAUCCCUCGCUAUAACGGCUUCGUCGCCGCACCGAACCUCGUCUACGAUCGCAUCUUCGCAUACUAUGAUACGGACAAGAAUGGCCUCAUCGGGUUUGAUGAGUGGGUCAAGGGUCUGGACGGCAUGCACGACUCUGAUGUGAAUGUCAAGGCCCGAAUAGUCUUCAACGGAUACGACAUCGAUGAAGAUGGCUACAUAUCGCGCAAGGACGUACUACGCAUAUUCAGGGCAUACUACGCCAUCGAGAAGGAGGCUACACGAAACUACAUCUCAGAGCUGCAGGACGAAGUGACUGUGCGAACAGCUUUGGACACAAUACGCUCUAGUCAGCCACUUGGCUCUGCCUUCACGCCCCGUAAUAUGGCUGCCUCGAACGCCAACAACCCCCGCCUACGACACAAGCGGGAAGAAGACGCGAUUACGACUCCACCGCUGCUUGAGCACAAUAGCGAUGCAGCAGACCGGGCUGAGAUGAUAGGGACCGCAGGUAUCCAUCACGUCGUCGCACCCACCUAUAUACCGCAAACGCCAGGGGAACAACAGGCGGACAUCGUCACUCGGAGAUGGGCCCGCAGACAAUACUACAUUGACGAAGAAGAAGGCUUAACGCGGCCCGAAGGGUUUGAGGAAUCAGACCCUGGUGAGCCAGAGACUGCCGAUGGUGCGAACGGAACGACUGAAGCCGCAGAUACAAACGAAGACUUGGCCCGCAACAGGAGCUCGCGGUCAUCUUCAAGGGUCCGCUUUCAGGACGACGUGGAGAUGGACACACGCUCCAACGCCUCAUCAUCCAGGCCUGUCGGCGAGCGUUGGGGUGGCUAUGAGAUACCUCAGCCCGAGCAAGAUCUUGGCAAAGAGGUACUGUAUCAGGUUACGCAGCAGGCUUUUAACGAAUUGCUUAACCCGCUUUUCCUUGAGAAAGAAGAUAUGGCCAUGGACGCACAUGAGAUGCGCAACGAGCGUCGCGCAAAGGCAGCCGCUAUCGACGAGCUGACUAUGCACCACUUCACAGAGAGUAAGGCUGCUGUCGAAGCCAUUGUUCACGUCGGUGCCUUUCGAUACUCCAAGUGCAUGAUCGAUAAAUUCUGUCGGGCCCUUAACCAUGUACGCCCUAUUAAAAGCUUAUUCCGCAACGGCGACGAUACGCCAUGCACUCAAGAAGAAGCAUGCCGAGUGGUCGAAGAACUUUACGACAGUGUGGAAGCGAAAGUGCUCCAAUCCGUGAAGGUUUCCAGGCCCACAAAUGUUGACAACAUGACGACGUGGAACACUUUGUUGAUCAGGUCACGGCUUCGAUCAGAGGUUGUCGAUGCUACCAUGGAGUGUAUAGACAACAAAGGCUGGCUGAUACCACCACUUGUGAAUGAGAGUCUGCCUAGUAUUCACAGGGAUCCUACCAUGCCUCAAUUUCGGCCGAACUCGUCCAAUCUUCCAUCUGCAGGGACUUUGCAGACUACCUCGAACAGCUCUUCAAAUAGUAGUGUCAUUUCCGACACUGACACAUCCUCGAUAACCUCGGGCGAAGAUAUUAUGAAUCGUUGUUUCUUCAUCGCGGCAGGCUACGAUGGCCUGGAACGUUAUCCGGGGCAAAGAUCCGUUGGCGAAACUGAGCCCCUGAUACCUGAUGGUAUGGACUCUUCUGUAGGGGCUCCUCCGCCUGACUCUUCGGUGCAACAGCAAGACAAAGAAGAUGAUCCCUACACGAUCAAUUGGCGAUGGUACACCGACAAUCCAGAGUUUUACUAUCUCUUCGCUCAAGACUCUGAGGGCGUGGACACAUUCCUUUGCGCUCGUAACCCGAUCAAUCAUUCCGCGAGUCCACAUGACCCUGAGGCGAAUCAACUUAAGCCGUUGCAGCGCUCGAUUCGACAGCUCGCUAUGAACCCGAAGUCUAACUUACAUCUCAUAAUGCUAGCGAGUCUUGAGGCUGUUGAGCAGGAGAUUGACGAACGAAAAGGAAGCGGGCUGGUCAACUUCGAGGAGUUUUUGGAGCAUAUGAGGCAGGGCAGACUGAAGUUCCUUGAGGCUUGGAUGGAAUGGGUAAGCAUGUGA